CGGGUCACGUGCAGAAGCAGAUGAGGCGAGGUGAGGGACUCUGUACCUGAGAGCCGAGAGCUGCGGUCGCUCCUUCAGCUCCAGAGACAUGUAGAGGACUCCAGCUUUCACCAGAGUCAACAUCAGGACAGAAUGAUCAGGAUUACGCGUGUGGAGCUAUGGAGACCGUGUUAGUGAUCGCGCUGUGUUUGCUCUCGAGAGCAGCGACAGCAUCAGUGGAGAGACUGCCGGAGCCUGGAAACGUCCACUUCACCUCCGUGAACCUGAGGAACAUAGUCAAGUGGACGCCAGGGGAAGGAUCUCCCAAUGACACCGUCUUCUCUGUGGAAUAUGCCAAAUACGGCGAGGAGGAGACGAUCGGCAGUGGGCGGCUGCGAUGGAGGCGUGUGAAGCAGUGCAGAUCCAUUACACACACCGAGUGUGACGUGUCUCAGGAGACCUCUGAUUUGCAUGAGCAGUACUACGCCAGAGUCCGAGCCGUCAGCGCACACACACACUCCCUCUGGAGCGAGAGCACACACAGAUUCGAUCCAUUUCUCGACACGGUUAUCGGGCCGCCGCAUGUGGAAGUGAAUCUGCUGCACAACUACAUGAACGUCACCAUAAAGGGGCCCUUCAGAUGGAGAACUAAGAGGACAAAGGAAGACAGUUCGCUGAUGGAGAUCUUCUCUGAAAUGAUCUAUGACCUCUCUGUGUUCAACAGCAGGAGCAAUCACACAAAUCACAUGCAUCUCACGAACGGGAGCGUGAGGCUGGGCCCUCUGGACUUUUCCACACGGUUCUGCGUGGUGGUUUAUGCCAAAUCCAAGACGCUCCCUCUGGACUACAAACCCAGCGAGCAACUGUGCGUCGAGACUCCCAAAGACCCGUUCAGAGAUCAGCUGCUGGCUGCCAUGCUGGGAGGAGUGCUGCCGUCUGCGCUGUGUCUGUGUGUGCUGGCGGUGCUCGGCGGGCUCAUCCACUGCUACAUCACCGACCACAGGCAGACCCUGCCCAAGAGCGCUCACGUGGCUCGAUUAAGUGAUAAGCUGCAAACCUUCCAACCGGAAAUGCCUUCAACAAUCAUCAUUAACGUGUUAAAAAUGGGCCGGUUUGAAGACGAGUGGUCUGCGCUCUGUCCUCCGGCUCUGCCUCAGCCCGUCUCUGCCGAAGACUCGUCCGUGGCUCAGGUUCAGGUUCUGAACGCUGUGCCGGAGCCGCCCGUGUCUUAUGCGCUGCAGCACGAGCCGCCGCCGGCCGGAUCUGGAGCUCUUCAAGAGGACGAGGAUGAAGACUCAGGGAGGGAGGACGCCGAGCUGGAGCCGUGGCCACAGGAGCCUCCUCACAGCGAGGCAGGAGAUUACGGUAUCGUGCUGCCGGCCGGUUUCCACGCACCGGGCCGGUGUCCGGCCGAGCUCAGCCCGUACAGGGCUCAAGGCGUCACGGUAGACCCCACUGAGACUGAGGACGCCUGUGAGGACGAGUGUGAGGACGAGCAGAACGAUGAGGAAGUGGAAGCACAGAUAUUUUUGGACUGGAGCCCAGUGACUCGAGAGCUGACUAUCCCUCUGAUGGGCUUGUUGGGUCUUGAGGACGAGCCACAGAUCCAGACUGAAGCAGUCUCACUCCUGCCUAACGUGGUCCUGAGACAGUCCUCACAGGAAGGCGCCGAGCAGGACGAUGACUUCACCAAAAUGGAGCGCAACUGGGGCCUUAUAAUCCACUCCAACAGAGUAAACAGAGGAGUAACGCCACUGACUCGAGAGAGAAAAUAUGAAGGAGACUUUACACUGUGCACUUGCUAUUUGCCUUAUCUAUGUUUUAAGGAAUAUUUAAGUAUUUAUCAAAUGAUUUAUUAGUGCACAUCGUUAUUGUUUUCAAUCCAUGCGUCUUUUAAUAAUCUUGAAUCAGAAUAACCUGCAGCAUCUCUUCUCUUCCGAAGUGUUUCACUCGGAUAUAUCCGACACAAUAGCGUGCAACUUCGCUUUCAUAAUGACUUUGAGAUUUUCAAACAAGACGAUAUAAUGAAGGAUUUUCAUCAGUUUAAUGCUUAUGCUCUCGUUUACUGUGAACACAAGACUUUGUCUGUAUUAUAUUACAUUUAAUCAUAGCCAUCGGUUUAGAAGAACAAAACCUGGAAGCUGCUCAUGGGAAACUUUGGUUCAUGGACAAGCGUUUCUUGAGCUGUCUAUGCCAUGUAUCAGGAAACAGCAGACGGGGAACAAAUAUCCAUUAUAAAGAGAAGAGACAGAUUUGUUCCAUGGUUUGUGAACAUUGGAAACAUACGACAGCUUAACAUAUUGAACAAAUAUCUGUUUUCUUCACAUUUAUAGUGUCUAUACCCUGACAAAGGGUAACCAAAACAAAAAUGUGUGUGUGAGUGAGAAUCAACAAUGAUACAAGAAAAAGUAUUGUCUUUGAAGGAAUUUAUGUAUUUUAUAUAAUAUUCGAUUUUAACUGUACAUGAAUAUCAAAUGAUUAUUUUUGUAUUGAGAUUAAUCUGCUGUGAAUGAUUAUAAACCAGAAGGAACUCACUUUUAGCAGGCGGUCGGUUCAGGCUUUCACUCUCCUGUCCUGUGCUACCGUUAUAUAUUUUUAUCACUACAAUUCUGUCAUCUUUUGAUCCGUCACAAAAAUAAAUAUAUGAACUUUGA